UGUGCUCAAGUGCGUUACUGAGAAAAUGGCUUACGUUAACUCUCUGGUUUUUGCCUGUGAAGAAGGUGAAGAAGAUCAAUUUGUACAACGUCCAUUGGUACAAGAGUAAGGGUAAACUGCUCAAGGCAGGAGCAAGGUCAAUUGUCACCUUCGCUUUGGAGUAAGCUCUUUUAAGAUCUAACCUACGCUUGAACACGACGGAUGUGCCUAAGCUUAUCCCUUGCCAUUUGGGACAGGAUCAUUAAAGGACAAAGAAUAUCGGUUGUUGGUCCCAAAGUUACUAAACGGAUGAUAAGCUGAUAUCUUGGGAAGUAAAAGUUACGGGUCAUGGGUUAUGGGUUAAGCCUGCAUGCUUUUAUGCUUCGAAGACAUAACUUCAAAAGUACCUACUGUACGUAUACAAUGACCGAAUCAACGAGGGAUAAACAUGGCUUCUGGCAAAGCGCAGGCAUUUGAACCUGCUGUUGUAGACUCUCUAAUUACGCAAGAUCGUUGGUCUGUGUCUUUCUUUUAGGUCUUCUGUCAAACGUUAUUCGCCCAACGAUAGAGGGUGUGACAAAUUGGACGGACACAAACAUGACAAAAGUGGAAAUCCACGGAAUUAAUCCACCAGUUCAGAUCAAGCAUUCAUUGGAAGAUACAAUCACGAGAAACACACAACCACCAUUAUGCAAUUCCGAAGAAGAUUUUGUCUUGAUUUUGUCUCAAGAUAUAACUUUUAAACUUUGACCUUUUUUGAUAAUUCAGAUUUUGUUUGUCACCGCCUUGAUGAGCGUGGCUCAAAAAAUUGUCCAAGUUUGACUUAAAUCCUGCUAGAGGAUCCAUGAGGCCUACGUAUCUCUUAUGAAAAUUAGAAGGAAGCAAAUUAAACAAUAAGGAGCCCGAGAAAGAAUCUAAAUAUUCCCUAAGAAUAUUUGAGGCCAGCAAACUGAACAAUGAAGGAGCAAAAGGUAUAAUGAAAGAGAAACAAGAGAGAUGGACUUCAUUGGUCUAACCAAACUGGAUUCUAGAAGGCUUGAAGGUGCUCUCAAAACGCAAGUUAAUCUCACGGUCAUCACAAUUGACCCCAAAACCUGGGUUGGGACAAAGCUCAUGGAUCCUUUUGAAGACGUACAGUAUCAGAUAUCUUUUGUAGCUUCUCUGAACACUGUACAGUCCCAAAUUUUUUAGUCUCUCCCAAUGGACGAGCUCUCUCAUUCCUGUGAUGGUUCUAGUGAAACAUCUUUGGACUUGUUCGACCUUUCGCAAACCUGACGAACUCAUAGGAGCCCGAAUAGGAGAGGCAUAUUCAAGAUGUGGCUGAACAAUCGACUUGUACUGAGUUAGUAACUAUCUUUGGGCUUAAACGUGCGAUAUAUAUAACUACAAUUUUGAAAAGCUUUGCCAACUUUCAACUGGAUAUGCUCAUUGAACUUUCCAUUAUUUUGGAGGACUAUACCUAAAUCUUUCAUAGGUAGAUGAGACCCACUAAAUGCUUUUGCCUUCAUCAUUUAAUAGUGGAGAGUCUAAUGGCGUUGACCCAAGGAUUGUUUAGGAAAAUUUCAUUCCAUUCAGUUCCAUGUUGCUUCCCUCAUUUGGUCUAGAACGUCUCUAUCAGGUAACCAGAAUUCUGACCAUUCCUACCCCAAACUAAAUUUGUGUCAUCAGCAUAAGAAGAGAUACGGACGAUCUUAAUACUAAGCUUCUGAAGUGAAACAAUGAAGAUAAUGAAAAGGAGAGGACCUAAAAUAGAUCCCUGAGGAACACCCGACUUGACAUCAUGUAUGUCACCAAGGGAUCCCUCGACCUUAAGUAAUUACUUCCUACCACAAAUGAAACUUCUUAACCAAUUGAGAAUGUUGCCUUGCAUCCCAAUCUCACGAAGCCUGAUAACUUCAAAGGACAUGAUCUACCUUGUCAAAGACCUUGUCAAAGUCAAGAUAGACAUCAUCGACUGACUCACGAUUCAUUGUUCCCUCAGUGGCCUGCUCUAUAGUGCUGAAAAAAUAUCUUCAGAUCCGAUACGUGCUCGUAACCAAAUAUUUAAGCGCUAUUCAAGUUUAAGAGACUAACUAUUCAGGUAUGAUUUACCUCUAAAACGAUACAACAUUGAAUAAAACAUCUAGAAUCUUGCAACAAGUUCGUCAAAAGCUACCAAAAGUCAAGUUCGAACGUUUUCGAUAGUUGAAAUGGUCUCCUAUGUUUCCAAAUCAAUCUGCAAAUGACAGGCUAGAACAUUUACAAAGUGUAAAGCAAAUUAGCUUAGACGGUUUUACGGCAUACCAAACUGAUUUUUUUCUUCAAUGCGUUAACGUCCCAAAGUUUGUUCAGUGGCAAACAGCAACUCUUUAAUUUUAUGCUUGAAAGGGCUCGAUUUUAGUCCUUGGAUAAACGUGCAAAGUUAUUAGCUGGCUGUAGUGAGCAAGGCAGUCCAUUUAAUCAAUUUCAAUGUUAUAGGCCUUUACAUGGUGAAAAUGUGAAGGAAGAUGUAAAAUGAUUUUAUCUCUAUUGGCAAAAAUGUGUCAAAAGUCAACUGGUUUGAGAGGCUCUUAAGCAAGGUGCCAAGCCCAUGAGUAAAUUGAAAGACAAAACCACUCAUACUUGUUCAAGUAAUCAAUUUGAGCUGCUUCUUAGGAUUUACGAGUACAAUAAUUUAUUGCAGACUCCCUUCCUGCCCCUAGAAAUGGAAUCCUUGUCAAUUCAAUUUGGAAAAAGUAAAAGCAAGGUAACUUCUAGCGCUUUGAAUUCGCCAACUGUGCUUUGUAAAACAAAACAAAAAGAGUGUUCGAAAUAUCAUUAGUUGAUAUAGAACUUGAAAAUGCAAAACUUGCUCAAUUAACGCUCUCGAACGAGGCUAAGAAUGAGCUAGAAUGAUGCAUUGUUAUUAGCAACUCUAUGAACUGCUUGCGAACCAAAUCAAUCGACAAUCUGGGAAGAGGGUGGCUUUAAUCCAGAGAUAAGUUUGCGACCAACUCUCUGCCAACUCAUGAGCGUUCGAGCUUUCGAGUGUUUCUCACCUUGCAAGCAUACAUGCAUGCAUGCAGGCAUUGCUCGGUUUCUUACGCAAUCAAAGAGGGGGAGGAUUGCCGACCGGUGUUCAUCCCAUCUUGGACCUAUAAAUAAAAGCGGGGCUGAAACAGAUUCCAUCAACAAGUCAACAUCCAGGAUUUAUUGGACAACAACCAAUCUGUUUUCCAAAAGCAUCAUGAAAUUCGUUUUGAUUCUCACCUUCUUGAUGGGCGUGGCUCUGGCAUCUUCCCAAGAGGAUGACCCAUCUCAAAUUAUGGAAGCUCCUGAAUACAACACCUUGACUCAAGACAAGAUUAUUGAAUUAUACGAGUUCCUCAAGGACGAGCUUGAGGGUGAGGACAUGGAGGCUGAUCUGGAAAAGGAAGUCCUCCGUAAUAGGCGAAGUGCCGAGGCCAGUCCCUUUUUCCUUCGUUGGCUCUUUGGUCGACGGGACUAUGAUUAUGGCUAUGACAACCAUCACAACCGUGGAUAUCGAAGCCAUGGACGCCGAAACUAUUUCCACUAAUCAAUGCUUACCAAAGUUCAAAAUUGUUCCCAUACAUGUCAGAAAACAAAUACAUUCGUUUGAUUGCAGAGA